UGUCCUGUGCCCUUGUUUAGCCGGUGGGACUUACUCACGUGGAUUAUGUACAUACAGUGGGCAAAUAACUGUACUUUAUUCAUUUAAUUUAAUUAACUGUAUUUAUUAAGAGUGAAUGAUGCAUCGUGUUUUCUGCUCGCGGUGGGUUUUAUCCGGGCUGUCAGUGACAGCUGGCAUAGGCAUCGGUGCCACCUUGACAGCAACCGGCGAUCGCCUUCACAAAAUCCGGAAGACGAGUCACAGCGGCGGACUGCUGGACCGCAUCCCGGUCAUCCCGAUCCCGAGCGUCGACGCGGCGUCAGAGAUUAGCCCGUACCAGCCGGGACAGGUCGCUGUCAGCAGAUCCACAGCUGUGAUGAAAUACGGCUUCCCUUCCCUGUCCAACAUCAAGAGCAGAGAGUCUUACGUGACCUCAUACGACCCCAGAAACAGGACCGCAGCCUGGGUCAUAGAGCAGCUCAGCGCCGAGACAGUAACCGGGACUUCGGACAGAAAGUACUGCGAUUUCAAAGAGGACGACUCGGUUCACGUUUACCACAGGUCGAGCAAUGCGGAUUACAAGGGCAGUGGGUUUGACAGGGGUCACCUGGCCGCAGCAGCCAAUCACAAAUGGAGUCAGAAAGCCAUGGAUGAAACCUUCUACCUGAGCAAUGUGUCACCACAGAAUCCUCAUCUAAACCAGAACGCAUGGAAUAACUUGGAGAAAUAUUGUCGCUCUCUCACCAAGCAUUACCAGAAUGUCUUUGUGUGCACUGGACCACUCUACUUACCCCGACAGGAACCUGAUGGGAAAAUGUAUGUGAAGUAUCAGGUUUUGGGAAAGAACCAUGUAGCCGUGCCGACUCACUUCUUUAAGGUGGUGAUUCUGGAAAAGCCCAGGGGAGACGUGGAGCUGCGGUCCUAUGUGAUGCCCAAUAUGCCAGUCGAUGAGAAGCUUCCACUGGAACGCUUCCUGGUUCCCAUCGAGAGCAUCGAGAGAGCGUCUGGACUACUGUUCGUACCAAACAUCACGAAGAGGACCAGCAGUCUGAAAGCUAUUACUGCAGGCUAAUGAGCAGUUUACAGUGAUUGCUGAGGGGGAAUGGAAAAUACCUCAAAAACUUUCAUUAUGUCACUGUCAAACAUUUAUAAAAGUUACCAGGGAAGUUAUUUAAAUUUCAAGAUGUGGAAAAACUACUGAGAGAGAUAUGUUACUGUUUUUAGAUGUCAGCCAAUAUGAUUUUUAACCAAGCCAAAACUGUGAAAUGUCAUUUGUACUACUGGAAAUAAAACAAAUCUGUAAUCCUUUUCCAUUCACAUUUGAUGAUGAUUCAGAAAUGAAUGGCAUUUAGAAACAAUAUCUGUUUUAAAUAACCUAAAUUCAUGAUUGUCAACACAUUAAAAAUGCACAAGCCCAUCAUUUACCAUAUAAUUGAACUAUAUACCCAAGUAUACAAUCUACAGUGUGUAUUGAGGCAACAGGCUUGGAAAUAAGACAUCUUCAGGAUGAAUUUAGUUGAAGUUAAUGGGCAUUUAUAAAGACAAGAAACGAUGAAUAUGACUACCUGUGAAGAACCAGUGAAGUUCUCACCCAGCGUUAAAUAUAAGUUUGUUUUUCCAUAUUUAUGCCACAGAAACUAAAGUAAGCACACACACACACACACAGUCUGUGAUAACCUGCUAACAUUUUGAUAUACUUUAUUUCUUGAGAGCUGGGACAAAAGAGCCUAUAAAACUAACCAACUAUCAUAUCUGGUCGAUUUUAAAGUGGAAAUUGUUGUUGUGUUCCAAACUGAAGGCAGUUUAACUCGUGACAUGUUUUGUUUCAGGUCUCAGGCAUUCAUCAAACAUGAGUUUGUUGUAAACAAACCUUACAUAUAACGUGACAUUUGUGCUUUUAAUUCAGUUAAAACUGCUCCAUUCAAACAGUAUGCAUUACCUGUUUUAGGUGUGUAAUCUAGUUUAGUUAAACUUAAACGCAAUGUUUGCAUACUGUAUUUCAAUUGUUCUUUUUUCUUACAUUAACCUUAAUGAUGAAUUGUGAUUGGUCUCGUCUUGCUUGCAUAUUUAACCAUUUAUUUGUCCUUUUACAUGUGAGGCUGACCAGAAAUCAGCAAGAAGCAGUUUUGUUUGCAUAUUAUUUAAUAAGGCUGUCAUCCCUACAUUCAAACUUAAAUAAAUAAAUGCACAACUUGUGCACGAUUCUGUCAAAACCAUC